CAGAUGCCUUUCUGAGCACGAGUGAAUGAAUGCUGUUGCCCUUCUUCUCUCUUCUAAUUAAAUGCUUCCCACUUCACUUCUGCUCUGCCAGCUCCAAUAAAAGUUUGGAAAUCAACAGAGGAGCAAAUACCAAGAAAGUGAAGAAAAAUGGAAAGACGUGGGAGGAGACAAACAAUGAUGGGGAAUUAAAGGCAAAAAACAGUCUGUGUUACAGUUCUGAAUUGCUGCAGGAGGACUGACUUGGAAGGAAGAUGCUGUUGAAGAGCUCAUCUGGAUUUGUUCUGUUCUUGCUCUCUCAUUGCGCUGUGUCAGUGAGCACCAAAGAGACGGUGGUCUUGGCUAAUGCACACCUUCUACCCCAAAGAGGCUACGAGAGACUGGCUAACAGCAAUGAAAAAGACUAUCCAAGGGAUUGCUUUCAGAUUUUUCAGCGCUCCAAAGGAAAUUCCAGAGAUGGUCUUUACAUCAUCCAACCAAAGGAGGACCCAAUUGUUGUUUCUUGCAACAUGCAGGAUGGUGGCUGGACAGUAAUCCAGCACAUUACAGCCAAUAGUACUGUCGACUUCGAUAGGACCUGGCAGGAUUACAAAUAUGGAUUUGGCUCUGUUCAUGACAACCACUGGCUAGGAAAUGAAUAUAUGCAUCAGUUAACUAGCAGCUCUGUGCAAUAUAUACUUGGAGUUAAACUUGUAAACCUAAAUGCUGAAAUCAAAUGGGGACAGUAUGAACCAUUCCUUAUUGAAGAUGAGGAGUCUCAAUACCGAAUCAGGGUUGGUCUAUACAAAGGCAACGCCACUGAUGCUCUGACCCUGGACACAGAAGCUUAUCUCCAUGACAACCAGAAGUUCACCACCAAGGACAGAGACAAUGAUAAUUACUUUCAGAAUUGUGCUAAAUUGGAACACAAUGGCAUUCCGGGGGGAGGCUGGUGGUAUGACGCGUGUGCUGGAGCAAAUCUAAAUCGUAGGAACGUGAUAUACUGGCAAAAGGACUGCAACAAGCAACACAUGUGCAAGUUUGCGUGGAUGAUGAUCAAACCCAUUGACCACAGCCUAUCAAUUCCAAUCAAGCCCUGUCCGUGUCAGAAAGUUGAAUUGUAGAUAAGCCGUGUGUAUUUUGAAAGGAACGUGGAUUCUUUGUCCAGUGACUGAAGUGAACUCACGCUGAUGGAAUAAUCGCACUAAGUAAUCAUGAUUGAAAAUUUAAUUCAGGUCUCUGCAAGGGCUUUAUGAUAGCAUAUCAUCCAGGGCUGGACCAGGACAUAGACAUCUACCAACCACAGAAGGGAGAAGUCACUGUCAAAAACUGAGGCCUCUACCAGAAGAUUUAAAUAAUUUUAUAGUAUUUUAGCCAUAAAGGCGUCAGGUAUGAAAUACAGGAUAAGAUGUCUUGUAUGAGAUAUACAUGAGUAUACAUGCAUUUCGGGAGGUUUUGCUCCAGUAUGAACAUUCAUGGUUGAUCUCCUGUAACUGCACAUCUUCACAUAUCAUGCAGGA